AUGCCAGUAUCCGGGUCGACACAUCCUUUAACCCCUGGACCAUUACCCACUCCUCCUAACCUGGGAGAUCACCAAAAAUCAUCGUCUUCACCGACAAGAACAGCGUCCGCAGCAACAACGGAAUUUGGUCUGAAUAGGCCUCCAACAUUACACUUCCCUUCACUUCAUCUUGGGUCCUUUGACACUCUUUCCAUCUCAAAUUCUCCGCAGCCUUUUUCACCAACGUCGUCAAAUCAUCAUUCGAACAGCUCGACAGGAAGUCCAUCUCGACGCGAAUUUGGAGGUGUCAUAGGAAGAAGUGGGGAAGCUGGACCAAGUAACAUCCGGGGAACCGAAGGUCAGACCGAAAAACAGGAAGAAGUCAGAGGCGAUACUCUAAGUGUGGAACCGACUCGUUCUGCAUCCCAUUCUUCACGUUCCUCGCAUCGUUUGCACAAAGGUCCCAUCCCACCUCCGUUACCACCACCCACCAUGGCGCUUCCCCCUCUCCCAACCAUAUCUCCCAUAUCUCCGUUCGGACCUUCCUCGUCAUCCUAUCUCUUAUCCCAAGGUCUUCAAUCCACAAUGUUCCAGCCACCGUCUUCUUCCUCUUCAUCGUCUUCCAACGCUCAACAGCAGCAACAAUUUAGCGAAGGGAGAAGAGAGCUGCCUACCAUUCCACCUCGAGCACGGCCGUUGGGUCAUUCAUUGACAAUACACGUACCGGGUUCUUUGGAUCCUUCCCCUACAGAUCAGGAGGGCAACCCGAUCCAUUCCCCGAUUUUGAAGCAUUCGCCGGGCAUUGCUAGACGGCGGACAGUAGUCGAAAAUACCAAUACUCAGCUGGGAUCGCCCGUAAGAGUGUCAGGCAUUGCUGGACGAGCAACACCACCAAGAGAUUCCUCGCCAACACGGGCUAAUCAAUCACCACCUGUUGAGAGAGGGUCAGUCAUUAUGCCUCAACCCAGACCGAGUCCUGCGAUAGACCAGAAGCGGACAUUGGAAAGCUCUGGAAGAUUGGAAAAGAAAAGAUCUACUGCUGACCUAAAAAACGUUUCCCCUACCUCGCCGACCACAAAAAGGUCUCUUCCUCGUCCACCAAAAAUCGAUACCACUCUUCCCAGGCAAGAGUCUAAUCCCGACAUCACCCAAAAUCUACUAUCGACAGCACCUAUUCAGACUGUUGUUCCAACGGAUGUAGCUAUUGCAAUCCGUUCUCGUCAGCAUCUGGGUCCAGCAACAGCAUCCAUAUUAGUUGAUCAGAGGCAGUCUACCCUCGCUCUACCUCACACUGCUCCAGUCCCUUCGUCGUCUUGGCCACCGCUGAAUAUAGCUCGCUCUCCGACAUCAUCUAAACCUCCUGUGAUCCCCCACGAUCCUGCUCCUAAACCUUCCAUCUACCAGAAGCACCAAGCAAAUAAAUCUGCCUCGUUUCUGCCUGUUGUAGCAGGUCUGGCGGACGCAGGACCUUUUGCCGGUGCAUUUGUAAAGCCUGUCCAAGCUGGACCUAACGGUGUCGGAUUAGGUCGACCAAGUGGGCAGAUGGCGGCGGGUCAGACUCGUGGAGUAAGUGGGAAGCCGCAAGAAGAAGUCUGUCUGGAAUGUAUGAUGAGGGAUAGGGACUUGGCAGAUGUCAUCGUUCAAGGUGAAGGAGUCUGGGAAAGGUCAAGUGAUGGAGAUUGGAAAGACCUCGAAUGGAGGGAAGAAGCCCUGUUGAAACCGACCAAUCCCUUGGAGGAUCGAUCAUCCUCAAUCAGAUCAAUAGGUGGAGCAGCGGACGAUUUUAGUGAUAACUCAGACUCGACUACUUUCAGUCCUCCCUCAACGGGUAACUCUGCCGAAGAUGCUCAACUCAGAAGGAAUAUAGACGAGAGGAGAAGAAGAAGAAGCGCUGUCAAGGCAAAGAAAAGGGAAGCAGAACGGAGAAUUGCGAGGGAAGUAGGAUGGAGGGGAUUCAAGUGGGAAGAAGGUGAAGCAGGCGAAGGUCUGCCGAGAGGGUUCAGAGGAACCAAAGGCGGUAAACUCACUGAGGAAGGGAUCAGAGCUGUCAUGGCCAAGUUUCCCUCCGCUUCAGCGCAUAGAUACCAAACUCUUCAGAUUUAUCUCAGACAACAGUGGUUCCUCGUGCAAGAGGUGAGAGCCGAAGCUCAAAAACUCGGCCGAUUCGCUUUUCCAGACGAGAUUAUGCCUUCAUCAUCGACUGCCUCGAGUCAUGAUGGGCAAUCAAUUCCUCGAGGUGCUCAAUCCAGCGCAUUGGGGUGGAGCAGGCAACGUAACUCAGACAUGAAUGGCCAGAUACGAGGUGUCUAUACACCUACCCGUAAUACUCCUCAGCUAUCUGUCGUUAGACCCAGUCCGUCCACUCCUGCCAAUCUCACCGCUUCGGCCCCGGCGCCCAGGACUCAAGUCUUGCAAAGGCCCCUCACCCAUUUCAUCCCCGACAGAGAACCAUCCCUUGGUGCGCCUCGGACCCCACUGUACAACUCCCCAAUGUCGGGUAGCACUCGAACCCGACACGGAAAACAAGGAUCGUCGCCUGGUUUGAUUGAACGCAGUCCACCUCCGACUGGGACAUACGAAGAGAGCAACGAAGAGCUUUGGUCACCUGACGAAGAAGGUGGUGCUAACCUUCGACCAUUCUCCUUUGCCGUCAGGGCUGGUGCAACUGCUGCCAGGGAUGGUGGAAGUGAUGGUCACGGUCGUAGAAGCCUUUGGGGCAGAUUCGGUGGAAGUGUUACAAGCUUGUUUGGAGGCAGUCAAAACGGAAGUGGCAGUAUGAUGGAUAUGCACUUGGGCCUCGAUAGCGAUAGACGUAAUCGGACCUCAUCAUACACCGUCAACCCUUAUCCAAGGGCGGUCUCUCUCGCUUCUCCUACUCGACCAUCCUUCUUCGGUCGAGAGUCACGUUCUUCAUCUGACGUCAACGUGGACAUGCCUAGAAUGUCUCGUGCUAUCAGUCAAUCCCGUCUAUCACAAAUGCGGCUUGAUGAUGAAGAAGAAGAAGAUGACGAGGACGACAAACCUAAGAAAAAGGGUAUCAAGGGAUUCUUUAAGAAAAUGAAGCCCAAGGGCGGACGUUCAAAAUCGAAGCCUGAGUUACUCGUCAAACAAGAAGAUGAUCUCAGACGUGAACAACCACAACCCGAUACACCACUUGCACCCCCUCCCCCCCUUUCAUACCUUGUAGGAAACCGUAAACACAGCCGAAACAGGAGCGGGUCCUCAUCCUCAGUGUUGACAGAUGGACAAGACUCUACUCAGGGUCGAAGGUAUUCCGGUUCCCUGCCAUAUGGUAUGCGAUCUGUUUCUGCUCCAAUGAAUGGUACAGCUUCUUCGUCCGGAGGAAGUUUGUCUGCUAGUCCGACAAGCUCUAAAUUCGCUACUUCAGGUCCUAAGAGAGAAAGCUACGCAUCUGCUCAAAGAAGGAGCUUGAACGUGAAUGAAAUGGGAGAACCAGAAUUCGAGAAGAGACAAUCGGGGAUGGAGAUGCUUUCAAAUUCUGGAAGUGGAAGAGGUGGAAUUUAUUCUUCACCUGAACCGCAAACCAUUUACGAUGAACCUUCAAGCAUAUAUAACAAAGCUGGAAUGGGUUAUCCAAAUCCUAAUUUCAGACCACAUAACAAAACUACGUCAAGUCUCAGUAAUUCAAGCGUUACCAUGGCGAUUGAAACUCCACCUCCAGCGAUGUAUAACCCGUCUUCCUUCUUCAAUCAACAGCAAGCCGUUAUACCUCCUCCAUCUGGUAUGGCAAAUACUGUUUCGAACCAUAAUACACCGAUCGUGAAAUCUCCUUCCGGGCCGUUGUCUCCUAACAGGUUCAAGAACUUGCCUCCUCUGCCACCUGGGAAAGACCAACCUUCGAUGGGGAUCACAUCCUCUCCUGAUUCGUUUGCGGCCGCUUUCCCUGAUCAGGAAAUCAAUCUGACCGGAACUGUACACGAUCCUAGAUAUCUCUCUUCAAAGGGACAAACACAGCCCCCUUCAACGAAGAACAUGAUAGAUUUCUCAACGCCUAUUGGGUCACCUGCUUCGGGAAGAUAUCAACCAUCUCCAAGGAAUCAACAGCAACAACAGUAUGGUUAUCCCCAACCACAAUCUCAGCCUCAGCUUCAUGUCAACACGAAUCUUCAAUCAUAUCAACAACAUCAACAGCAACAACAGCAAUAUCCUUCAGCUCAUGCAAGAGCUCUUGCGACUGGUAGAGCAUCAUUUGAUCAGCCUUCUCCUAGAGCAAGAAUGGGUACUGCCAAUGAAAGGAAUGUCAAAACAAUGUACGGUCAACCAAUGAUGGAAAAUAUGGAUGGAGGAUAUCUCAAAGACGAAAGUAAGAAGAAAAAGGGGUUUAAAGGUUUCUUUGGUGGAAACAAAGCUGGCAGAAUGGCUUAA